AAUUGAACAAGAAUUACAAGAAAAAAAUGAUCAUGAUAUUAUUUUAAUUAUUGUAGAUUCAAUAGCUGCACCAUUGAGAGCAUCAACUCCAUAUUAUAAACGAAAUCAAUUACUAUUGGAGUUUACUGAUCUUGUUAAACGUUUAGCUGAAAACUCAAAUCUUGUUAUGUUUGUUACAAAUCAAAUUACAACAAAACGACGUAGUGGAGUAUUAAUUGAAAAUGAUACAUCAGCAACACCUCAACCAAAGACUGUUAAACAAACAUCAAAUGAAAAUAGUGAAAUUGUAUUUUCUCAAUCAUUAUUGAUUAGCGAUAUUCAACAAAAACUGUGUGAAGAUGACGAGAAUAUGGAUAAUAAUGAGUACUAUAUGGGCAUUGCACUGGGCAAAGCAUGGACCUAUAGUGUAAAUCUUCGUUUAGCUAUUUCAUAUGAUGAUGCUUAUAAUCGAGAGCAACGACGUUUAAUUAUUGGAAAAUCGAUUGAUUGCCCCG